AUAGAUGGAGUUGGUGCGAAUAUUAAUAGUAAUAACAAUAAUUUUGAAUAUUAAAAUAGCAAAGGAGGACGGUGGGGUGGCUGCUAAUUCUGAGGCAUUCUACUAUAAAUAAGCUCUUCAUCUCUCCUAAGUUUCAUCAUCGCCUGGCUUCAAAUUCAUUAGUUAGCUACUAGCUACUUAUUUCAUAUUCCGCAUUCAUACCCUCAUUACAUAAUACUACUUUAUAGUUAAGGCUCUAAAUUUUUUAAGGCGCAACAUCUCGCAAGCAAUGGCUCCAACAUUGGCUGUUAUCAACAACAUCACCAACCCUGCCUCUGAUUUCUCAGACUUUGUGCUAACCAAAGGUCAUGGAGUAAAGGGUCUAUCAGAAACAGGCAUCGAAACCCUUCCAAAACAAUAUAUCCAACCUCUGGAAGAAAGGCUUUGCAUGACCAAAAUCAUCCCAGAGAACGCCAUUCCCAUCAUCGACCUAUCCGACCCCAACACCACCGGUGUUGCGGACACCAUUUGUAAUGCGGCAGAGAGGUGGGGGUUCUUUCAGAUUGUCAACCACGGAGUCCCCCUUCAAGUUCUGGAGAAUGCCAAGGAAGCAACCCGCCGCUUCUUUCGGCUGCCUGCUCAAGAGAAGAACAAGUAUUCCAAGGACAAUUCGCCUUCCAACACCGUCCGCUAUGGCACCAGCUUUAGCCCGCAGGCAGAGAAAGCUCUGGAGUGGAAGGACUACCUCAGUCUCUUCUAUGUCUCUGAUGAUGAAGCCUCUGCAUUGUGGCCUGCUGCUUGCAGGGAUGGUUUGCUAGAGUACAUGAGGAAGAGCGAAGCAGUUGUUAAACAACUACUGAAGGUGCUGAUGGAGAAACUCAAUGUGACAGAGAUUGACAAAAGCAAAGAAGAUCUUCUAAUGGGAUCUCGCAGAAUUAACAUAAACUACUAUCCCAUCUGCCCAAACCCUGAGCUCACCGUGGGAGUCGGCCGCCAUUCCGAUGUCUCAACUCUUACAAUCCUUCUCCAAGAUGAUAUUGGCGGACUGUACGUGCGGGACCUACAAGACAACAGCUGGAUCCAUGUCCCUCCGGUGGAAGGCUCCAUUGUCAUCAACGUGGGAGAUGCGUUGCAGAUAAUGAGCAAUGGCCGAUACAAGAGCGUCGAGCACCGUGUGGUUGCCAACAGGAGCAAGAACAGGAUAUCAGUUCCCAUUUUUGUGAACCCACGGCCCCAUGACAUCAUCGGCCCGUUGCCUGAAGUGCUUGCAAGUGGAGAACAACCCAUUUACAAGAGAGUUCUGUAUUCGGACUACGUCAAGCACUUCUUCAGAAAGUCUCACGAUGGGAAGGGUACUGUUGACUACGCAAAGAUAUGAAUCUUUUUUAACUUUUUACCCACCGUCUUCUUCUGAUUUAUAAGCAUCAAAUUCUUUUGUGUUGCAACAAGUGACAAUAAACGUGAUCAAAAGCGUAUCGAUGAUUAAAGCAAUUAAGAGUGA